GGCGAAAUUAAAAACCCUAGACCAAACUCGUCUCUGCUUCCCGCUGUCUGUCUCUCAAAGAUCACAAUCUGCCGUUGUUACUACGAGUUUGGUUGCGUAGAGAUGGUGUGGUUUCAGUGCGAGGAUUGCGGCGACAACCUCAAGAAACCCAAGCUGCCAAAUCACUUCAGAACUUGUUCCGCUACCAAGUUGUCUUGCAUCGAUUGUGGACAAACCUUUGGGCAGGAAAGCGUACAAGGCCAUACUCAAUGUAUCACAGAAGCGGAAAAAUAUGGUCCCAAGGGGCAAGGUGCAGCCAUGAGUGUCACCACCCCCAAGUCCAACAAGGAUUCGAAACAGCAACCUGAUUUUGAUAUCCUCGUUGGAUUGUCUGAGCGACCUCCCUGGUUUUGCAGUCUUUGCAAUACCAAGGCAACUAGUAAACAGACUUUGCUGCUUCAUGCAGAAGGAAAGAAGCACAAAGCAAAAGCCCGUGGGUUUCAUGCUGCAAAAAAACAAUCUAAUCAGACAGAGGAAACUGUUCCAGAUCAAAAGCCUACUGCUGUUGACACUCCCAAAUGCGAAGGUGCUGAAAAUGGACAUGUUGGGGCCGAGAAAUCUCAAGAUCAGCUUGAAGCCAAAAGUGAACUUGGAAAGUUGGAAGAAGAAAAUGGUGCUUCACACACGAAGAAAAAGAGGAAACGAGAUGCUGUGGAUGGUGCUUCAACAGAAAAGACUAGAGAUGAUGAUCCAAGUAGAGGUAAUGGGGAGGUUAUUCAGGCAACCAAAGCUGAGAUUGAGCCAAUAAAGGAUGAGGCCAUAGCAUCCAAACCUCUGAAAGAAGAUUUGAAAAUGAAGAUUAAGUGGAAAAAGCUGAUAACGUCAAUUUUGAAAUCUAAUCCUGAUGGUGUUCUUAAGUUGUCAAAACUAAGAAAACUUACCUUGAAGUCUAUUCGUGAAUCCGGUGUUACAGAAGAUGAAACCAAACUUAUUGGGAUGCUCGAGCAAAAGAUCAAUUCAAGUUCAAAAUUUGCCGUUGAGAAGAAAUAUGUUCGGCUAGCAGCUAAAGCUUGAGCUAAUCACCAUCUUUAUAGCCAUUGCAAAUCAGAUUUUCGCCAAUUGCUUAGUUCCCCCAUUUUUGUCUUGAGAGUUGUAGAUGGCUGAUUUGCCAAAGGCAAGUUAAUAGACGAUUUCAUUGAGUUGGGGUGCAAUCUGCAACGUUUAUAGGAUUAUAUUUUAUGGGAAGAGACGGUAUUAUUCUUGUGGUGUCAACUGAAUCAAGCUCAUUACACUAGGUUGCUGCAAUCCAUUCAAUGAAAAGAGAAAGGAGAAGAAAAAGAUAGGGACAAUGAGUCAUCUUGUUCUUUCAGUUUGGCAUUGUAGAACAAACGUUAAAUUUCCUAGUUGGGGUCCCUCUGUUCUCCUACUCUUUGAUAUAACAUUAUUAUUAUUCCUAAAGGAUGUUCUUUUUUUUUUUU